CAUUCGUUCUUCCCAACAAUAGCAGAAUGGUUGUGGCAGCGUUCCUCUGCCUCUGUGGAAGCUGUGUCUCAGCAAAAUUCCUUCGGAAACGGAAGACGCUUCUGCCGUUGAGCCGGUCGUCGUCCUGCUAGUAACCACCUGCUAACCAGUAUUAAUAUUAGACGUUAAUAACUAGCACUUUCUCGUGCAAUGAAAUAGAAGGAGCGAGUUCCGUUGCUGAAAGUGAUACAGCGCAAGCGGUCUCGAGUCGCCAUAACAUACGGUGGCUUAAGCUGCAAUGACCGCCGUUUUGUUCAGGAAGUUCCGUUCAAUUUCCAGUAGCUUGAUGCAUACAUUAAGGCUAAUCACGGUAGAGUAGUUUAAGGUUCAUCCGUCCAUCACAAGUAGAGGAGUAGCGGAACUGUCAACCGGAGCAGUGAACCUCGCCUAGCCGCAUAGCAGGAGCUUUCGGUAUUUUAUUUUCCAGGAUUAUCCUCAGCCGUUUCUCGCUCCUUCGUCGUUCUAUGGGAUAUCCAUCGGUUGACAGAGAGUGGGAGAGCCAGUCAUUGCUCAUCUGCCGAAAACCGGCCUCGAAUUUGACAAUGACUGACAUAAACGAGUCCUCCUCUGUCGGCUACUCCGAAUCUUCCGCACGGUCCACCAAUGGCUGCCAUUCGAGCACCACCAACGGUCACGUCACGUCAUCACUGACGUCAUCUACGACGAAGGCAACGCCAGCUGGCAGCACAGCCUGCACAGAUGGUUACAAGUCCGCCGACAAUGACGCCGGAACGACGAACGUCGCCAGGCAAGGCUUGUCGGAACUAGGUUCAGCUGAGAACGGCACGGUGAAGAGUUCAACGCCGGCUGUUGGAACGGAAUCGACGGAGUCGAGAUUCUUGGCCCGGCGAGCAGAGCUGGAGCGGGAAUGGCUCCGUCGUUGCGCGCCGAUUCUGCUGCACCCGACGCACGACAUUCACGCGGGCCACGCGCUCGUGCGCGUGUUCUUCCGGUUCGUGCGGGAGGGGGAGGAGGCGGAAGCCCGCUCGCGCGGAAAGGAGUGGUCGGAUUACAUGGCUGCGGGGGAGGAUUUCGUGGAAUGGGGAGAAGCGGCGGAAGCACGGGAGAACACCGGAGGACGUGAGGGGGAGGAUGGAGCAGCGGAAAGGGGAGGAGCGGUGGAGGGGUUGAGGAGCAGGGACGGGGAAACACCAGAGGAUGUUAGUGGGAUCGAUGCUGAUGACUUGUUAUGCGAGCUGGUGGUGGUCUAUGAGGGCGAGGCUAGCUACCGACGGCUGAAACCUCAUCAGGUCAACCACAUGGCCACUUUCUUCUACAUGUCUUUCAACAAGCUAGUGUUUGGCCGAACUGCAGACAUUGACUAUUUAACGAUAACAGGUGUCAACCUCUCAUUGGACCCCAACUUGAAGCCCUGGAGAAGCGUGCGCACCACUGACCACUGCGGCACGCAGACAUGGUCGCAGGGCAACAAGGCCAAUCUGGCUUGGUGGCUCUCUCUCUUCCACCACUACACUGUUGACAUCCCCUAUGACAAGCUCCAGAAAGACGAGGAGGCGGAACACCGCCCUGUUAUUUAUGUCAACACAGCGAAUCACCUUAUGGGGGAGACUAACGCCAACCCCCAUUUCCCACUAACCACCUGGAGGCACUACCCUCUACAUCGAGGGGGGCCUCCUGAAGCUGAACUCUUUGCACGCAAGAGCAUACUGAGCAAGCCAAUUAUAUGGAACCCAUUCCCAGGGCUUGUGGCCAGCUCGUGCUUUUGAGCAGACUAAGAUGCUACUAUUCCUACACUGAGGGGAGGGGGGCGUCCUGAAGCAGAGCUAUUUGCCCACUCAGCAACCUGAGCAAGCCGAUUUUGUGGAACCUUUUCCGGCGCUGGUGGCCAGCAUGUGCGUUUGAGUCGACUCAAAAGCAACAUGUAGCCAUUAUUCCAUGAACAAAGGAAGGCCUUGUAAAGUGGAGCUAUUUGCACGCACAAUCAUACUAACCAAGCAAUGUAGUGGAGCUAUUUUUUCUUCACGGGGGUU